GCCGCUGUGGUGACGGUGACCUGGCCAGGCCCCUGCAAAUAAGGGGGCGCGCCGGGCGCCCAGGGUCUGACCCGCAGCGACCAGCUGUGACCAGCCAUGCGGCGGCCCUCUUAGCCAGCGCUCCGCCCGCGCGGCCAGGGCCAUUAAAAGGCGGGUCCCGCAGGCACCGCCGCAGCAGCCGCCCCCGACCCAGCGCACCAGCACCAUGGCUGGCCCCGGCCUCGCCUGCUGCUUGCUGGGCCUCCUCGCCCUGACCUCCGCCUGCUACAUCCAGAACUGCCCCCUGGGCGGCAAGAGGGCUGCGCUGGACCUCGAUGUGCGCCAGUGUCUCCCUUGCGGCCCUGGGGGCAAAGGGCGCUGCUUCGGGCCCAGCAUCUGCUGCGGCGACGAGCUGGGCUGCUUCGUGGGCACCAACGAGGCGCUGCGCUGCCAGGAGGAGAACUACCUGCCAUCGCCCUGCCAGUCGGGCCACCAGCCGUGCGGGAGCGGUGGCCGCUGCGCCGCCGCCGGCAUCUGCUGCAGCCCGGACGGCUGCCGCGCCGACCCCGCCUGCGACCCCGAGGCCGCCUUCUCCCAGCGCUGAGCCGGAUGGCCCCGACGGUGGUGCAACACCACGAGAAAUCAUGAAAUAAAAUAAAGCAGAGUU